AUGGCCUCCGACAAGACUGAGAAGAAGCGCAAGCGUGCCUCAGACCGCCAUGAACGACCAACCAAGAAGCCAGCCCUGGAUCUGCAAAGCCUACCCCCAUUAAAGUCCAAUUUGACUAAGGACGACAGCGAGCUCGCUCCUGCGCUGGUAAACACACCCGGAGUCACCAAGCAACCUAAUGUCCGCCUGAACCCAUACCUAAAAACCCGCAGCCAUGCUGUCGAUGGCCAUUCCGCGGGGAACGAUGGGAUUGCAACCACAGAAUUAUUGCUGCAGUCUUCAGAACACCCGAAGUUGGACUUUGUGGGUCGGGAAGCUAAUGAUGAUGCCGAUUCUCAACUGAAGCAUUAUGUUGCUGUUGUGGAUCCCGUGAGCAAGACAUGGGAGUUCGUUGAGGCGAGGAGACUUACGCUUCGCGGUGCAGUGAGGAGGGCGGCUUCAGCGGAAGACGAAGAGGAAGAGAGCGAGGAUGAGGAAAUGAGAACCAUGCGUGAACAGAAAACAGACCUCACAUACACAUUCGGUACAAAGAAGUCGCGGAAAGCAACCCAAUCCAUGGCCGAAAACGCACAACUAUCCAAUGCACCCGAGGGCGCCGCAACAGCCGCAGAGUCCGCCCUUCUUCAAUCCAUGCCCGCCGACGCCGCCAGAGACAUCGCAGCCAAGUCAGCAGCAGUCCAAGCCGAAAUACAAGCCUCAAAGCCCUUACCUUCGGCAAACCUCGACGCAAAACACCCUUCAGAGGUAUACCCUAUCGAAAACCUGGUCCCCAACGGCAACGCCACCCUCCGCCAACUCCCCAUCAAGGACUGGCAGGAUACCAUCUCCUCCGGGCUCGAGGUCAUUACUUCCUCACGUUACGUUGCCAACCGCAUCUACGACGUCGUCGAGUCCGGAAACACAACACACCUCCAGAUCCUCCGCUUCGUGCUCGUCCUCAUCGAACUCGCCCGCGCCCUCGGCUCCGGCAAACCAAGCCGCGGCCCCAAACGCCUCCCAUCCCGCGACGACCUGCGCCAGAUCCUCUCCAGCGGCUCAAAGAACGCCAACGACGACCCGUCCCCACAAAUCCCAGACCCCGUCAUCGACGCCAUCCGCCGCAAAUUCGCACCCGGCGGCUCAACCCUCUCCAAGAACGACAUCACCCUCCUCAAAACUACCAUUUGUGCACUUACGCUCCAUAUCCCCCCGCAACCAGUUAAAGAUGGUAUCCCCACGCCUAACGGCGGAAAUAUUCCGAAUGAAAUGGCCACGGACCCGUCGGAUCUACGUGAUGACUUGCAGUGUGAGAAUGCGGAUAUCCAGCAGUACUUCCGCGAGUUGGGAUGUCGGGUUGAUAAGCCUAGGGAGACGGAGUUCGCUAAGUGGGAUGUUCGGGGUGGCAAGGCCCAGGCUGCGACGAUGAGGAUCGCGAGACUUAAGCUUCCUGUGGAGUUCCCCAAAGUUAGCCGAGCUGGUGGGAAGAGGAGGUAG